UUGUUUUCUAGCUUAUACAAGUCAACACACAACCAACUUUCAGUUAUGAACGCUUGGGUCUCAUAAAGCUGCAGUCACAGAUAUGUCCUCCGCGACAGGUCCCACCAAGGGACGACAACCGACUUGAAACACGCGGGUUGGCGGAGGAGCAGUUUCUGCGCAUCGCCUCGCAUCGUCUGUUUCAGUCUGUAUGAGAUGUACCCGGACGGAGGGAAGGCUUCAGGCAGAGAGGAAUAGCCGGAGGGAGGGAUGGCUGAAUAACGAGGCGAGAAACACCCACUCCGGACUGACCGAAUUGUAUCCGGAGAGAAGGAGUGAGAGAAAGAAAAGCCCGAGGAAGAAGAGGGCAGAAUAGAAAGAGGGGCGCUUCGGGAAGCAGCAGUAGCACUCGUCUUUGGUAUUCAAAGGAUUUCCUUUGGGGAUAAAAAGGACACCUUGAAUUAAUGACUGGAAAGGUCUAGAACUGCUGGUUAUUAGGAUGUUGUUGACGGAACAGGUCAGGUGGUGUUUGUGGGCUCCACUGGUGUUACUGGCCCUCACUUCCUGUUACCCCAGUGAGGCUCAACGUGAUGCUCCAAGAAGACUGCGUUUCAAAGUAUUGAGUUCAAGCAAACUCCUUGUUUCAUGGAGGGAGCCCAAAGGGGACAUUGACAGCUACCUGAUUAUCUACAACAGCAUACCAGGUGGUCAGCAGAAGGAAAUCAUAGUGUCUAAAUCUGACACUAAGGUGUUGAUAACAGACUACAAUCCCUCUAAAGACUACACUUUCAAUGUUAUAGCUGUGAGGAACAAUGAGCAGAGCAGACCACUUCAGGGCAGAUUCAAAGCUCAUGCAGGUGAAAGACUUGAUGGAAGAGACAAGACAGAGCCCCAGAGGCUGACGGAUUUCGUUGCACCUCCUGAGGAUGCCAAUGAGAUCUCUGGAGCUGAUCAGUUUGUGUGCCACACUGAGGCCAUUGCAGAUAUUGUGAUCCUGGUGGACGGCUCCUGGAGUAUUGGUCGGAUCAACUUCAGGCUGGUCCGUAUGUUUUUGGAAAAUCUGGUCAAUGCCUUUGAUGUUGGCAUCGAUAAAACAAGGAUAGGUCUGGCACAGUACAGCGGUGAUCCCAGGAUUGAGUGGCAUCUAAAUACUUUUUCCACUAAAGAUGCAGUCAUCGAUGCUGUCAAGAACCUGCCCUAUAAAGGAGGGAACACUCUCACAGGUCUAGCGUUGACUUUUAUUUUGGAGAACUGCUUCAAGCCUGAAUCUGGCUCACGAGACGGAGUACCAAAGAUUGGGAUCCUCAUCACAGAUGGGAAGUCCCAGGAUGAUGUUAAACCACCAGCAGAGAGCCUUCGAAGGGCUGGUGUUGAGCUUUUUGCCAUCGGUGUAAAGAAUGCUGAUGAGAAUGAAUUGCGCUCCAUUGCCUCAGAGCCGGAUGACACUCAUGUCUACAAUGUGGCUGACUUCAGCAUUAUGAGCUCCAUAGUAGAGGGACUGACAAGAAUAGUGUGUGAACAAGUGGAACACCAAGACAGAGACAUCAAGCAGAAAUUCACACCUGAGAAAAUAGGAAUGCCGCUUGACCUGGUGACAUCAGAGGUCACACCCUGGAGUUUUCGGGUCUCUUGGAGUCACGCACCCGGAAAUGUAAAGAAAUACAGAGUGGUUUAUUACCCGGUUCAAGGAGGACAACCACAGGAGGUUCUAGUGGCUGGCAGUGAGACUUCAGUGGUGUUACAGCAGCUUAGCUCCCUCACUGAGUACCAGCUCGCCGUGUUUGCUGUGUAUGCAAAUGAAGCAAGUGAAAGUCUGAGAGGAUCAGAAGUAACCUUGGCUCUCCCCUCAGUCACUGGCUUCCAGCUGUUUGAUGUGACUCAAAGCACCAUGAAAGCUAGAUGGGACAGUGUGGAUGGAGUCUCAGGAUACAUGCUGCUGUAUGCCCCUCUUACAGACGAUGGAGACUUAACUGAGAAGGAGGUCAAGGUGUCUGAUUCAGUGACAGAACUGGAGCUAGAUACGUUGGUCCCUGACACUGAAUAUGCUGUCACUGUUCAUGCCAUGUAUGGAGACGAGACUAGUGACCCUGUUACAAAACAGGGAACCACAUUGCCACUGAAUCCUCCCAUAAACCUCCAGUUUUCUGACAUCACUCACAACUCUGCCCACAUCAGAUGGGACCCAGCAUCCAGUGGCAUCAAAGGUUUCCGCAUUGUGUGGGUCAAGACAGAUGGACUAGUCCCCAAUGAGAUGGAGGUGGGGCCAGUGACUUCUUAUGACCUCAAUGAGCUGAUGUCUCUGACGGAGUACUCUGUAGCCAUCUUUGCCCUCUAUAAUGAGGGCCAAUCAGAGCCACUUACUGAUGGCUUCACAACCACUCCAGUGCCUGGUCCUCUGAAUCUGCGCUCUACUGAUGUCAGCACACAUAGCUUUAAGGUCAUCUGGGAUCACUCAGCCAAUGACAUUGAACUCUACAGGCUCUCCUGGGCACCAUUCACAGGCGGCGAUACAAAAGAGGUGGUUUUGAGUGGAAUUGAAAACAGAUACAUCCUUACUGGUCUCAGUCCCACUACUGAGUAUGAAGUCAUGCUGACGGCCAUAUUCGAAGACGAAUCUGAGAGCGACACCGUUUCUGUCAUAGAGACGACAUUGGCUAUGACAACAACGAUUGCUGCCACAACCACAGUGGCACGUCAGGCGGUAAAAAACCUUUACCUGAGUGAUGAGACCACCCAGAGCUUACAUGCAUCGUGGGACCUGGAAGACCCUAAAGUGGAGAACUAUAGGAUCUCCUACACCACCCUCAGGGGUGAUCACAAGGAAGAAUCUGUGUCAGUCAGUGGUGGUCAGAGAAGAGCAGUGCUCCAGCCUUUGCAGCCAGACACCCAAUACAAGGUGACAGUCACACCAGUGUACAGCGAUGGACAAGAAGGCAUCAGUGUCUCUACCUUGGGAACCACAUUGCCGCUCUUGUCUCCUGAAAACCUUCGUGUGUCAGAAGAGUGGUACGACCGCUUCAGGGUCACCUGGGAUCCACCUCAGUCUCCCACAAUCGGUUACAGGAUCAUCUACCAGCCCAUAUAUGUCCAGGGUCCAGUUUUAGAGACAACAGUGGGUGAAGACGUGACCUCCAUGCCGCUCCUUAACCUGCUGAGUGGAACAGAGUAUAGUGUUCAAGUGACAGCUUCUUACCCUACAGGAGACAGUGAACCACUGCUAAUUAAUGCGAAGACAUUGUUCCUUGGUGUCUCUGGUUUGUCCGCCUACCAGGUGCGUCCCACCAGCAUGUGUGUUCAAUGGCAGCCUCUUCUGCAUGCUACAUUGUACAGAGUCUCCAUACAGUCUACACUCAAUGGUCAGAGGCAGGAAGUGAACCUGGGCGGUGGAGCUUCCCGCCAGUGUUUCUAUGACCUCACACCUAGUAGCCAAUACCAGAUCAGCAUUUACACACAAAUCAAAGAACUGGAAGGACCGUCUGUAUCCAUCACCGACAUGACACUGGCAGCGCCCACUCAGGCUCCAACUGAACCACCCACCACAGAGUCGCCUCCCACCAUCCCACCCGCAAGAGAAGUGUGUAAGGAGGCCAAGGCAGACCUGGUGUUCCUGGUUGAUGGCUCCUGGUCCAUUGGCGAUGAUAACUUCAUGAAGAUCACUCGUUUUCUCUACAGCACCAUGGGAUCACUUGAUCUGAUUGGACCCGAUGGCACCCAGGUGGCCAUUGCUCAGUUCAGCGAUGAUGCGCGGACAGAAUUCCAGCUGAGUUCCCAUGGCAACAAGGAGGCACUGCUGGAAGCUAUUCAGAGGAUCAAAUACAAGGGAGGAAACACAAAGACAGGUAGAGCCAUUAAUCAUGUGAAGGAAUCCAUCUUCAUCCCUGAAGCGGGAGCUAGAAGGGGUGUUCCUAAGGUCCUGGUUGUUCUGACUGAUGGACGUUCGCAAGAUGAUGUCAACAAAGUGUCAAAGGAGAUGCAAAUGGAUGGUUAUAUCAUCUUCGCCAUUGGCUUUGCGGAUGCAGACUAUGGCGAGCUGGUGAAUAUUGCCAGUAAACCCAGUGACAGACAUGUAUUUUUUGUGGAUGAUCUGGAUGCCGUGAAGAAAAUAGAAGAGCAGCUCAUUACCUUUGUCUGCGAAGCUGCCACUGCCACUUGUCCAUCUGUUUUGAUGAGUGGUAACACAAUGGCAGGUUUCAAAAUGAUGGAGAAGUUUGGCCUGGUGGAGAAGGAGUACAGCAACAUUCCUGGAGUUUCUAUGGAGCCUGGUUCAUUCAACAGCUACCCCUGCUACAGGUUACACCGUAAUGCCCUGGUGUUACAGCCCACCAAAUACCUUCAUCCUGAAGGCUUACCCUCUGACUACACCAUUUCUCUGAUGCUUCGCUUACUUCCUGACACCCCACAGGAACCCUUUGCAUUGUGGGAAAUUCUCAACAAGGAUAAAAAGCCAUUGGUGGGACUAAUCCUCGACAAUUCUGCAAAAACACUGACAUUCUUCAACUAUGACUACAGAGGAGACUUCCAGACUGUUAACUUUGAAGGACCAGAAAUAAAAAAAAUCUUCCACAGCAGCUUCCACAAGCUGCAUGUCGCCAUAAGCAAGACGUCGGUGAAGGUGGUGUUAGACUGUUCUCUAGUUGGAGAGAAAUCAGUCAGCGCAGCCGGAAACAUCACCACAGAUGGAGUGGAGAUUCUGGGGAGGAUGGUCCGGUCCAGAAACAGCUCUGCUCCAUUUCAGCUCCAGAUGUUUGACAUCAUCUGCAGCACUUCGUGGGCCAGCAGAGAUAAGUGUUGUGAGCUGCCAGCAUUGAGAGUUGAAGAGCAGUGCCCUCCUUUGCCUCAUGCUUGCACAUGCUCCCAGGACAGCAAAGGACCUCCGGGACCAUCAGGACCCCCUGGCGGUCCAGGCAUAAGGGGAGCCAGAGGAGACAGAGGAGAGCCAGGCGUGACGGGACCUCAAGGGCCUACAGGUGAAAUUGGCCCCAUAGGACCUCCAGGACCACCUGGUCCACAGGGACCAAGUGGACUCUCUAUUCAGGGACCCCCUGGUGCUCCUGGGGAGAGGGGGGAGAGGGGGGAGACUGGACCAGCCGGACCAAUGGGUGUUCCUGGAAGUCCCGGCUCUCCUGGUAGAGAUGGUCCUCCAGGAGCGAGGGGUCUGACGGGUAACAAUGGACCACAGGGACGACAAGGACCUCCAGGACCUGUUGGAGCUCCAGGGGCUCCAGGAGCUCCAGGACCAGGUGGUUCAGCAGGGCCUCAAGGGGAUCAAGGACUUCCUGGUCCUGCUGGUACCAAAGGUGAUAAGGGAGAAAGAGGUGAUGUGCAGUCCCAAGCUGCAGUUAGAGCUAUUGCUCUGCAAGUGUGUGAACAGCUCAUCCAGAGCCAUUUAUCUCGGUAUAACUCCAUCCUGAACCAGAUCCCCGUCCAUUCAGCAGUAUCUGUGCGAACAGUACCGGGACCACCUGGAGAACCAGGUAGGAGAGGCGCCCCGGGUCCACAGGGUGAGCAAGGUCCACCUGGCAGGCCAGGCUUCCCUGGUGCUAGCGGUCAGAACGGCCAACCGGGACAAAGAGGUCCAUCCGGAGAGAAGGGAGAAAGGGGGAGUCAAGGGAUUGGGAACCAGGGCCCUCGAGGACCACCUGGUCCUCCUGGCUUGCCAGGUGAAGGACGGACAGGCAGCCAGGGCCCAACUGGCCGGCCUGGUAAUCCGGGAACACCGGGUAGGCCAGGUAAUCCAGGAGCCAUGGGAGCAGCUGGCCCACCGGGGUACUGUGACCAGAAUUCAUGUCUGGGAUAUAACGUCGGAGUUCAACGGGACUAUGGGAACGAUUACUGAAGAGCUCUUUCUAGCCAUCUUCCUCUCCUCCUCUUCAAAACUCUCUCCAAGCCUCAUUAGGAAAUCCACUCACAACCUAAAGGUUGCCAUGUUUCCAAGGAAAGAACACACCUUCAGAUCUUUCACUCAUAAAACUUUUAGCAGUAGCUAAAACUGGAUUAGUUUACCAUCUUAAAAAUCCAAACAAGUCCACAAUCCAGCUGUGACUCGCCACCACCAAUCAAAUAACCAUUUGUCAGCAGUGAUGUACACUGCUUUAAACUCACAGCUAAUCAUUUCUUUCAAAGCCAAAUCAAUGAGCUAAACAAUUUUAUAUAUAUAUAUAUAUAUAGCUGAUAGGAUGUUCCCAUUACUGAACACAGAUUUGCUGAAAAUCUAUUUCACCCCAAGGGUAAUGGGAUCUUUUUCAUUGCUGAAAAAUGAUCACAUCUAGGAAGAAGGGGUAGAAAUUUAGAUUUUCCUUCAGUUUCCAUUCUUAGUCAUUUUUACGACUUGUCUUGGAUCCCAAAUCUGGUUGUGUAGUCUGAGAACUGUGCAGCUGCCUCUCCAUCUGCAUGCAUCACAUUCCUGCUGUGCUUCGGUCUAAACAUCUCUUCAGCUUUUUAUAACAAGUGGUGGUGGUAUCCAUCAUGAUUGUUGUCCCAAAACUGGGUAUAACCUCCCUCCAAUCUGGAAGCAUAGACUCUAACUGACCCUAAAUAUUCCCAUAACUCUAGUCCAGCCCCUCCCUCAUGGUGGCUACCAGCCCUACAACCCUCCCUACAGAAAGCCUUACAACCCUGCAGCAGUAGCUUACAACAACGACCGAGGGGAGGAGGAGGACGAGGAGGAAGAGGAAGACCCCUAUUACCGUGGUUACCCCUCUCAGAACUACCCCCAACAGUCUUCUCAAUUGGCUCACAGUCACCAUGGUUACCACCCAAGCCACUCUGAAGACGUGGAGCUGAGGUCACCAGGCGUUUCCAGGAGGUUUUCGCGUGAUGUCACAGAUGGGAAAGAAAAGGAAGGACUUGAGAGGAAGGAUGGACUCACCUUAAGUGCUUGAGCCCUACAAGCCACACACACAUACACACACACACACACAUGCAUUAAAUCAAACAUGUGACACACACUGCUCAUCUGAAACCAGUGAGAAUCCCACUCCCUGCAUCUCCAGUGGGUUUCCCCCCACCAGGUGAAAUCAUGUAAAUAGCUCUGUGGACUCUUGUACAAUAUCUAUGUCAAAAAGGGAGGUCCAAAAAGUGCCUGAUCUAUGUUAGCUUCACCCACUGGUAAUGUAACGGUAAAACCUGCUCCAACCCAUCAUGCAGCCGAUUUAAGGACUUAAACUCUUCUUUUUUUGUGUGAAGCUGCAUGUCUCCUUUGAGUUGAUCACCGAGUGUGUAACUGGGCAUGUGCAUCUUGUUUUAGUUGUAACUAGCCCAAAUAUUUCAGUUUAACUCGAGCUGGCAACAUUUGUACAGACUGCUUUUUACAAUGACGAAUCAUGAAUCCCCUGCACCCAUGCUGUCUUUUUUUCACUGUGUAAAAAAAAAUAUUAAGUGACUUCUUCGUACAGUAUUGUUUAGUUUUUGGCUGAAUUAUUAGUUCAGUUAAUGAACUAUUAUUAUAAUACACAUGAAAUGUAACAUUACUUUUUAUUUAAAACUUAGCAACCAUAACUUUCUGUCCUGCAAUGUUUCAUUCUCUUGUCACAAAUGAGUUUUAAUAAAACUGAGGAACCA